AAGUGCCAAAACGCUUUCAUUCCCAUCCUCGUUCGUAUAUUCCCCCUUUGGUGUGAGAGCUCACGCUUAUAGUCCCGUCCCUCCCACCCCCGUUGCGGCGGCAGUCUCACUCUCCUCGGAAUAUUCCGGCAAUCCAACAAUGUACGGAGGCCAACGGAGAAUGCCGAUCGGUAAUGACAAGUUGCUCUUGGCAAGAUUCAUACAGCAAGUGGAACUGGUUCAGAAAAUAAGGAAUCUGUCAAUGGGCAGAAUGCGGAGGAGACCAUUGAACAAAUCUUAAGAUAUGAUAAAUCUGCAGCUGGCAUCUGUUGCCAGUUUAAAGCUCGUCAUGGAACUGAGAUUACUCAUAGUUCAUUUAUGAAGGACAUGAUGGGAAUUAUUGCUUUGCUUGGGAAGGUUGAUGCCGAUAAUCUCCGCAGGUUAAGUCACGUAGCAUCCAGAAUUGCUGACUUUUUUACAGAAAAAGAUGGAGAUUCUCGGACGGGGAAAAGCGGCACUCGACAUCUAUUAAACAAGACCAAGAACAAAGCCAUACCAUGCCCUCGGGAGAAAGUAAGAAAAUAUAAAUAAGCUGUUCUAUGAGUCCACUUUCUAUGCUAGUUCUCUACAGCUGUGUUCAAAAAAUUGUAGCACUUGUUCACCCUGUCUCAAUCAAGAUGACAAUAUGUGGCUGCAUGAAGGUGAAGAUUUAAGACAAUUAUCUCGCUGUGUUCUGGUCUUUGAAUUUGUCACAGGUAUACUUAGAGUAAUUAUGGUUUGGAGGUCACACUUUAGGGCAGAAGGUUAGAUGGUAUUUGAAUGUUCUCUUGGUUGCUUACAGAAUAGGCUUGGUGGUCGUACUUUUACCUACUUUCUUACCAGUAGUAUAGCACUAUUUUCAUAGUUUCUUGUUCUUCGAUUUCGGUUAGUACUUGUUUGUUUUUUUGUGCUUUGGUUAUCACAUAAUUGAGUUGUCAUUACUGUUCUUUCUUCUGGAUGUUGUGUACUACUCUCCAUUUUGCUUUAUUUCAUUGUUGUUACUGCCUUCAUUCCUAUAGUCUCGUUGUCAAACUGAAAGAUUGUUGGAGUGAGUCAAAACUAUAUGCGAUUGAGUAGGAGCCCAUUGCAAUUAAUUCUCCAUUCCAUACUCUGCAGUCCCAUAGCAUGAUGAGACCCCCACUGGACCCUUUAGAGUUCACAUCUCAUCCGUCUGGAUUCCCAUAAUUGUUUUGCAAAAAAUCUGUAUUCUUUUCUAGUUUAGUUUCCUGGAAACAGUAAAAAUCCACUCUCCAUUUAAGAAUUAAGCUCUUAAUGAGAUUUCUUUUGGAAAUCAUAUUAAGUUCCCUCACGUUCCAUCAGAUGAUCUUGACAUUCAUUGAUAAGUUAAGAUGAGAGGGUUCCCCCUACUUCUGGUGCCCUCAACUUCUUCUUUUAGUUUUGAUUCCAAGUUUUUAAGCUCAUUCUUGCCUAUUCCCCUACUCUAGGAGUUCUAUUUCUCUCAUCUCUUAAAUAGGCAAUAAACCCAUAAACAAUAUAUUAGCUCUCUGCCACCUCAUUCAAAUAAGCGGAUGACUGAUAUUUUGCUCCACGUAAUCACGAAAUCCAUAGUUAAUUGAAAUAUGAAAGACUUCCCUUGAUACGAAACUCUUGCCACGUUUGAUUGUUUCCUUCCCACAAAGAAAGAGUAAAAACAUUAUAUUCUAGGAUACUUAAUGAACAAAAUAACUACAGUAGCCUUAGAAAAUUUUGCACAUGCAUUUUACGACACACCUAAUUAACUUAAAAAGAAGGAAACAUUACCUUGUGUAUCCCAAAUUGACUAAUCCAACCUGUUCCUCUGAGCCUUUAAGAAUUUGAUAUUAUCUUUAUGGUGUUUAAUUUUUAGCCCAAUCUCCUGCAGUCUAAGUUGCUUGAACUCGGGUGCGGGUAUUCAAGACUGGUGUGGAUCUAAGAGUCAGAUUCGUCAAAAUUUAAAUUUUAAGAUUCGGGGGUGCGAAUCCAAGGAUGGAUACGGGUGCGGGGAUUCGGCAAAAAAAAUCAAAUAUUAUGAAAAUAGAGUUAUAAAGAUAUUCUAAAAUCCACUAUUGAACAAAAAACUAGAAAGCAUCCCAACUUAUGACAUUAAUUCAUAGGUUUAGGAGUUCCGUUGUUUUACCUUUUUUAGUUACUUUCGCAAUUAAUUUUACUUUUUGAAUUAGGAGUCCCCUAGCCGACAUGUCAACUCUCAAAAUUGUUAGCCUAUUAUUUCCUCUUACAUAUUGCCGACAUACUAGUAUUAACUUUACCAUUUCUAUGAUAAUUCUAUUACUAAUGAGUAUUAUUUUACUACUAUAUUAAUACGAAUUCUAAUAAAAAUAUAAGUAAUAAAGAGUCUUGAGAUCUGUGUCUCUUUCUUCCCCAAAAGUUCGACGACAUCUUUACUCGCAAAUUAGUGUCGUCAGUUUUUCCAAGACGACGCGAGAAGUAUGAAUUUUCCCCUUUGUUUGGCCUGAAACUUUAAGCAACUAAUAUAUAUAUAUAUAUCAACAAGCAACUAAUAUAUAUAUCAAGAGGAAAAGCUACAAAGGAGACAGAGGUAAGGUGUAAAUUUGUUUUAUUUUUAUUUUAAGAUCGAAUUCUCCAUUUCCCCCCAAAUUUGUUCUUGAUUUUGGUCAAAGUGUCCGGAUUCAUUUGACCGAAUUUGAGAUGCACCCCUCACCCACACCAGCGUCGGUGUCUCAUCGAGAUGGGUUCGGUGGAAAAAUCGAAGAGUCCAUGCAAACCAUCCUCAGGUUUCUGUUGUAGUCAAAUCAUAUAGUUGAGUGAAAAACUAUUACCUUAUCAAAACAAAUUUAUAUUGUCAUGAAUAUAGACCUAUCUACGUCACAAUAUAAUGUCAUAUGCAUUACCAUCUCAAAAAAUGGUUGUACGUAGAUAUAUCUAUACCUAGUAUCAAGACUAUUGUGCAUAUUGCAUCCAUGAAUGAUAAAUAAAAUGAACUAUGUAGAUUUCUUUCGUAAUCUUAACAACCUUGGAAUUGCAGAAAACUGCUUCAGCAGCUGCAAAUUUGUAGUCUGUUAAUCUGGCCUCCUUGAUUGAGUGAUGGAUCAUGCAAAAUUGGUGCCUUAGAACUUAUGGGUAGCUGUAAAAGGAACAUAAUUAUUGUGUAAAAUGGAUUAACAAAAUCAAAUAAACUAAGGCAGGGACUACAUAGUAAUCUUUGUAAAGUUCUUUAUUUUCACUAGAUGUCUACAACUAGAACCCUAAAUUAGACAUGACAUGGAGUAACUUCAGCUUAUCAAGGACAUGACCCUAGAUAGGAAGGUGUAGAGGAGGCAGAUUAAGGUAGAAGGAUAGUAGGAAGGAGUGUGUCAGUGCUAAUAGGUAGGAGGACUUUGUUUUGUUAUCCGUGCUAGUAGUUAUAGUACUAGUAUUAUUCACAGUGUUUUAUCGUUUGUCAUAUUGUUUGGUGAGUCUUGUUUAUGUUAUUAUUGGGCGUGGUAAUUCUUAUUGUUUUUUGUCCCUUUACUAUUUCUUUCUCGACUGAUUUAUGUUGAGUCGAGGGUCUUUCGGAAACAACCUCUCUAUCUCAUCUCUGAGGUAGUGGUAUGGACUGCGUACACUUACCUUCUCCAGAUUCCACUUGAUGCGAAUAUAUUGGGUAUGUUGUUGUUGUUGCUCGACAACUAGAAGCCUAGAUUCCCUAAUACCUUAAUUAACUAUCAGCCAAAUUAAAGGGGCAUUGAAAUUGACGAAGAAUUGUAUCAGAGCACAUGCAUGAGAGCUUUAUCGGUGAUUAAUUAAGGAGCCGUUUGGUUAUGGGAUGAAACCAAAGUUGAUACGUGAACAACUUGGUUAUUCAUGUAUUAAUUUUAUAAAUCGUUUGGUUUGCAAAUAGGAUAAAAGUUAUUCAUGUAUUAAUUUUCUACUAUGUUUGGUUGGUAUAUUCCAAAUGUUGCAUAAAAGUUAUUUACAUAUUAAUUUUAGACGGUGUUUGGUUGUGUUUUAGUAAUUCUACGUAAUCCAUACUCACGUAACUUAUGAGGAAAUCUAUGUAUAAUUUUAUGUGGGGUAGAAGGUGGAAUAAGUUAUGAGUGGAUUAGUUAUAAUUAAUUAAAAUAACAAAAUUACACAUUUACCCGUAUCAUUCACUUUAUUAAAUCUUUUUAUGAGAUUUGUUAACUUUUGAUUUUAGUUUGGUUUAUUAGAGGAUCUGCUGCUAGAUUUGAAGGAUUUUAAAUCCCCUCUAAUAAAACCAAACUAAAACCAGACCCUCAUAAGUUAUUAUGAAACAAAAGGUUAAAUCCCAUAAAAGUUUAACCACUGCUGAUUUUAGUUUGAUACUACUGUGUGAAUAAAAUCAGCUAAUUGAGUUUGCUAAUUUUUACAUUGAAAAUUUAGCAAACUAAAAUAACUGAUUUGAUUCAGCUAAAUUAGCUUUUCAGGGGUUUCAAACUAAAUUUAACCAGGUCUGAUUUUAUCCAAGUUGAAAUCAAACUACUGCUGAUUUUAUUCACUUUAAAACCUUUUAUUUUUUAUGCAUGGAUUAAUUUUAGCUUGCUUUUAAAAAUAAUUUUUGAACUUUUUACUUUUGAUUAUAUGGGAUUCCUACAUAAUAAACCCUGCAUAAAUAAUACAUGCAUAACUAAUCCCUGCACAACUGAACUCUACAUAACUAAACCCUACAUUAUUAAUACCCGCAUAACUAAACUCUACAUAAUUAAACCCUACAUUAUUAAUACUUGUAAAACUAAUACAUGUAUUACUAAUACCCGCAUAACUCUAGCCAGUAACCAAACGGCCCCGAAGUGUUCUUAUGAUUAAUUUAGUGAAUUAAAGGACUUCUAAUUCACUAAACAAUCGAGGAUAAAAGAGAGGGAAAUAGAGAAGUUGUUCCCUGUCAUUGUUGAUGGAGGACAUUAUCCGUUGGCCGCUGUCCAUCCUUGGGUCACCGGAGAUUUCUAGGAGAGUGAGACUGGUGCCGUAAGGGGAAGUGGAGAACAAUGAGCGUGACUUCUGAUAGCAAAGUAGAAUAUAGGGCUUGGGAAUGAAAGAUUUUUGACACUUAUAUUUGGUGACUAAAUCUGACACACUCUACAUGUGUACAAUAUUUUCAAAUUUGAUUUUCUUUUUGUAAAAUAAUCUACACACUCCAAUUUAGAGUUGUCAAUAUGGCUGGCCCAGCUCGUUUGGGCUAGUCCAUGCGGGUUUUGUAAUUUGACGGGCUGACUCAUCAUUUUGAUAGACAGGUUACUGAGUUGUCUUUUGUGGAGUCAUAGGAAUCAUUUGAUCUUUGUUUGGAAAGGAAUUAAAAGUGUAGCUGCUGCAUCCAGAUAUGCUUUUAUAUGACAGUAGGAAUAACUACUAAUUAUUUGCUUUUUGCCGCGUUGAAAAUAGUUACAUUAAUGUAAGUUACAUAUUACUAUUUCGGGGAAAAAUACAAAAUGUAAUAGCUUGGGAAUUGUUAAUGUUUAAGAAAGGGCUGAAUGUCCUUAAAUGCACUAAUUUUUGAUUUGUUUUGAUAUCCCUGCUCUUUUAUUCUAUGGAGUUUCAUUUAGAUACCACUAGUAAUUAAAACACAAUUUUUAACCCCUCUGACCAUAUAAUGAGUUGAACAAAAUAUUGAAUUUCAUGCUUAUGAUUGUGAAAAUGAAGAUUUAGAACGACUAAACUAGACGGAAAUUUAGAUCGGCUUUGUUUCUCUCCCUUCCCAUUUUCUGUUCUCCCUCCUCCUAGUUUUCUUUACAGAAUGACUAACAAGAUUUCUAAUCAAUUUGGGCUAAUAUUGGUACAAAUUUUAGUGGGCUGGAAUAUGUGGGAUUGAAAUUGAAAAUAUUGUACUUGUGUAGAGUGUGAGUCAGUUUUACGCACCAAAUAUAAGUGCCUUCACGCCUUCACGCCCAAGCCCUAUAUUCACUUUUCUUUCAGAACUCACUUGCACUAUUCUCCACUCUCCCCCAACAACGUCAGUCUCACUCUUCUCGGUAUCUCCGACGAUCCAACAAGAAGGUGCAGGCAAUAGGAACACAAUGCAAAGUGGAUCUGUUGAGGCAGUUAUCCGCCAUUCCAAGAAUCUUGAGGAUGGCUUGAAGGAGAUUGGUCUGAAAAUCAAACAUCACGAAGAUAAAAUUGGAUUCUUAAAGGCUCGGAUAAACACGUUGGAUGAUUCAAUUUUGGAUAAACAAGUUGCUCUUUCCAAGAUUCCUUCUGUAAGUGGAACUGGUUCUGCAAAUUCCGAAUCUUCCAAUGGGCGGAAUGAGGAGACCAUUCAACAAAUCUUAAGGUAUGAUAAAUCUGCAGCUGGCAUCUAUUGCCAGCUGAAACCUCAGAUUGAUCAUCAUCCAUCGAUGAAGGACGUGAUGGGAAUUGUUGCUUUGCUUGGGAAGGUUGACGACGAUAAUCUCAGCAGGAUUCUCUCUGAUUAUCUUGGGCUACAAACCAUGCUAGCCGUUGUUUGCAAGACACAUGAUGAACCUAAAGCACUGGAAACAUAUGAUAAGGCUGGUUUGAUUAAUAAAAGUUCUGGUCUUCAUGGACUUGGAGCUUCAAUGGGGAGACCUUUGGAUGACCAAUUUCUUGUAAUCUGUCUUGACAAUCUUAGUCCAUACACUGGUGAAUUUAUUGCCGGUGACCCUCAGAAGAGGCUUGCCAUAAAGAAGCCAAGAUAUCUCAAUGAAGAAACUCCUCCUGGUUUUCUUGGUUUCGCUGUCAAUAUGAUCGAUAUUGAUGAUGCGAACUUAUAUUGUGUGACAAGCACUGGUCAUGGGCUGAGAGAGACCCUCUUCUACAAACUUUUCUCACGGUUGCAAGUAUACAAAACAAGGGCAGACAUGCUGCAGGCACUACCUGUUAUAACUAAUGGAGCCGUAUCGUUGGAUGGUGGAAUAAUUAAGAGUGAUGGUGUAUUUGUCCUAGGCGAGAGGGUAGUAGAGAUCAAAUUUCCGAAGAGUUCCGGAAGGUCAAAAAUACCUGAAGACUACUUCGUCAUUGUGAGCGAAAUGAAGGAGCUGAAGUGGGAAAGGGCAAGAUAUGUUGAAGAUUUACAGAGAGAACAAGUAUUGCUGGACAAUGCACUGUUCAUCUUUGAGAAAAGGAAAGAAGAGUUUGUCAAUUUUCUCAAAGAUAGCUCAGCCUUGUUACCGCGGUAAUUAAUUGAGUGUGUCUAGUUAGACCAUUCAUGCUAGUCAAUGGUGUUUACCUAAUAGUUUGUGGUGUUGAUGUAAAGCAAAUAUAAAGUCAUCUCUGAGUUGAUUUAGAUAAAAGCUUGAGCAUUUUUAACUCUAUCCUCGAUGUCCUUACAUCCUGCUUGAAUUGAUUAAGGAUGUCAUUUGAUAACUUCAAACAAUGCUUCCAUUUAUCAUGCUAGCGGAGAGCUCUGCAUGGAAAUAGAUGUUUUUUUUUCCCUGGGAACUCUUAAGCUUGUGCUUAAUUUAGUAUGACAGUUAUAGAUGUUCUCUUUGUGUAGUCUUAA